UUAUUAACGCAGGUGGUGGCUUCAAUUUAGAGCGAUAAUAGAGCAUCGAGUCGGUGGGGUCAGUCUGGCCAAAGCAGCAGUGGGUGUCAUCCGUGUGAUGAGUGUGAUACUGGGCGUUUCUGUCACCGCUGUUGCCGGGGGGAUAUCAGGUUCCUCCUGGGACUUUUUGGGAACAUUACAUCAUAUGAGUAGCCAAUGGCGGAUUAAAGAAACGGACUCUUAUUAUCUUAAUGUCCACCACCUGAAUAAUGUGCCUUUUUGAUAUACUGUGUCCUAUGUGUUGUCAGGUGUAGUCAAGCAACUGUCAUGCGUGUAGAAAUGCCACUCGGAGUGUGCGCUCGAUGAACGCGAAGACAUGGGCGUAUGCGAUGGUGUCCACUUGCAACCCACCCUAGACAACGACUGGCAGAGUUGUGUGAGGGUUAGUCUUGACAUAAAUUAACCCCCCACCCCACCCCAUACAAACUCGCACCCCAAAGACCCGCCAGGCUGCGGGGUGGGGAUCGGUGCAGCUGUCAAUUUGCAUGUAUUUCGUGACCAAAUCCAGCCUGUAUGGUCCGCCUGCGCUUCGGUUAAUCCCUCAGUGGAUCAGCUUUACCGCUCCAGCCUGCCGUCUUGCAGCUCCUUCCUCUCUCUCUCUCCCAUCAAGAUACACUCUCAGUGAUUACAUUAUUUUAAUCGGGCUCAUGUGACCGUGAUGUAUUAACGCGAUAACACCUUGAAACCAAACAACACUGUGUGCGGGCUGCACAUAUCGGGAUAACACUUCAAAAACGGAUCGCCGGCCGAGACCCGAAACGCGAUCGCAGCUCGGAUACUGUGCUUCUACUUCGCCUUCUUCCUACUUUGGAGAGGAAAACCCACCCGGUUCCUGAAUCCGUUUUUUUUUUUAAAAUAGCACUUAAGGGUGACAAAGCCGAGAUGACAGGCUGGUUCACACACUACGGGGACUGGUGACCGCGCAGUGAUCCGGCGCGUUUGAUGAGCACGACGGACUACCGGGAGGAUGGCAUGGACCUGGGGAGCGAUGCGUCCAGUCGCUCCAGCUCAGAGUCCAACUCCAACAAGGUUACACCGUGCUCCCCUUCUCUUGACUUGGCCACUUUGGAGGACUACAAAUCCUCCCCCUCUCUGGACUUGGUCACCCUAGAGGACUAUGAGGAGGACGAGGACUACCAAGAGUAUAAGAAGAAGGUGAUAGAGGAGUGGGAGAGUGAGUACGGAGAGGACUACACCUCUCCACAGCCUCCUGGUCAGGAGGAUGGCGGAGGAGGCGUCGUGGGAGUCGACAGCCUUGGCGAAAGCUACAGGAAGACAGUGAACAGUCGCAGCCUCGCUGAAGAAUUCCAGGAAGUGAAGACCAUCCCGCCCCUCCCGGCCUCCGGCGGACACACUGCCACCUCAGUCGCAGCUGUCCCAGAGGAACUGAAACAGAACGGCAAUCUGAUUUUGCCGAGGAGCAACCAGCUCCUCUCUCCUGGUACACCACAGAAGGGUACAGGGACUCCCAAACCCAACGAUCACAGCUCCAGUAAAGGCAGGGGCAGCCGCAGCACUGGGGGGGUUGGCGGUGGAGGAGGAGGAGGAGGAGGAGGAGGAGGAUGCAUUGGUGGGACUGGGGGAUGGAUGGGGGGAUACAGAGAAGAGGAGGGUGUAGAAGAGGAGCCUCUGCCCACCAUGGACUGGGCAGCUCUGGAGAGACACCUGGCUGGGCUGCAGUGUAGAGAACAGGAGAACCAGAACCUCAACCAUAACCAGAACCACAACAUGGGCAAGACCAACUAUACCUCUGCCCAAAAGAAUGAGAGGGAGUCUAUCAGGCAGAAGUUGGCCCUGGGCAGUUUCUUUGACGAUGGGCCCGGCAUCUACACCAGCUGCAGCAAGAGUGGCAAACCCAGCCUGUCCUCACGACUGCAGAGUGGGAUGAACCUACAGAUCUGUUUUGUCAAUGACAGCGGCAGCGACAAGGACAGCGAUGCGGAUGACAGCAAGACAGAGACCAGUCUGGACACACCUCUGUCCCCCAUGUCCAAACAGAGUUCAUCCUACUCAGACAGGGACACCACAGAGGAAGACUCUGAGUCUCUGGAGGACAUGGACUUCCUGAGUCGACAGAAGAAGCUGCAGGCGGAGGCAAAGCUGGCCCUGGCUAUGGCAAAGCCCAUGGCCAAGAUGCAGGUGGAGGUGGAGAAACAGAAUCGCAAGAAGUCACCAGUGGCUGACCUGCUGCCACACAUGCCUCACAUCAGCGAGUGUCUAAUGAAAAGAAGCCUCAAGCCCACCGACUUAAGAGAUAUGACGCUGGGACAGCUCCAGGUUAUAGUCAAUGACCUGCACUCCCAGAUUGAAAGUCUGAAUGAGGAGCUUGUACAGUUGCUGCUGAUUCGGGAUGAGCUACACAUGGAGCAAGAUGCCAUGCUGGUGGACAUAGAGGACCUCACCAGGCAUGCUGAGAGUCAGCAAAAACAUUUGGCUGAGAGGACCCUAUCCAAAUGAGAUGCCCGUCCCUGCUCCACCCUCUUCCCCUCUGCCAAGCUAAGCCCCUGCUCCAAACCAGACUCCCCCACCCCCAACCCGGCCAUUCCACCUCUGCCCCGCAUCGAUCCAGAUUCUGCCCGCUUGUCCCAAGUAUUUUGCCCCGCCCCCCCUUGUCUCCCCAUGUCUACCCUCAUGUCCAACCCACUGACUUCAGUGGCAGCAGCACAGAAGAAGGCCACGCUCUUUCAUUUGCUUCUGUGGUUUUCUCCCAGCGCUGAGGGCGGACGAGCACUUCCUGCUUCCUGGUAGAAGAGGAAACUGAUUGUGUGUUGUCAUGGAUUCUGUCCCCAGCUUCCUGUGCAGUGAUCGGCCUUGCUUUGCGAUUGUUUCUUUAUAACUUUCUACAUUCGCCACUAAAUUAUAACUGUCAAAUCCAAAAAAUUGUGGGUUAAAAAAAAAAGUAAAGUAAAAUAAUAGUGAAAAAUUUAGUAGAAAGUCAGUCAUGAGAAAAAAGAAGCAACAUUGUAUAAAAAAAAAAAAACAGAUGGAAACUAACUUCUUCAGACCAUUUUAAGUUGGACAGUAAUUUUGAAGUAUUUCAAAGUCGACCUGUUUUUAUUCUGCACAAAUGGUAGUUUUCAACUGAGAAAUGUUCAUUUGAAGGUGCUAAAAGAGUGUAAAGGAAACAUGCCUGCCUUGUAGUGGAGUCGUAGCUUUUGGUAAUACGUUCACUCUAAUUGCUCUUCAACAUUUUGUGAAUGUUGAUUUUCUGACACGAGUCAUUUUAAAUGAAUAAGUGUGUUAAUAUUGUUUUCAUCCUAUUGUAAUCAGAAACUUUAUUUGAGGGAAGAAAUGUUUAUGUACAGAUAUGUAAAAUAAAGAAUAAACUUUGUUUCAUAUA